GAGAGCAAGUGCAGCGAGGAAAGUUCUUCUCGGUAAAGGCCCUUUAGAUCAGGACACACCUCAGCGGCUCAUAUGAAAUAAUAAAACUUACAAGAAUUAACUUCAGCAGAUAUGAGCAACUGGCAAUAAGCAACUGACUACUGGGAUUGCUUAAAUUUGGGUUGGGAGGUGAACUAAAGGGGAGAAAUUGAGGAACAAGGCGGGAGGAAAAUGGUGGCACCUUCAGUGUGAGCUGUGAGUUAGGUGUGAUUUAUACAAACUGCAGCGUGUGUGUGUGUGUGUGAACUGGUCGGCAGUUUAAUUGCAGGUUUCUGCUGAGCAGAACGUGGUGUCUUGAUUGACUUGAUUGCUGCUACUGAUACUGAUAUGGACUCCACUGCACUGCUGUCUGUGGUGGGUGGGGCUCUCCUCCUGUCAAUCAUCCUUGUAACCAGUCUUUGUACAUACUGCUGGGGGCAUAAACAACCAACAUCCAUCCAUCAGAGGUCCAGUGAUUCAGAAUACCCAGCAUCAGUUUUUGUGGAUCGGCAUCCCGUGUCGACAUAUGCGCCCCAUAUGGACCAUACCAGAAUUGUACCUUACCAACAAUCCAAUUCACUUGGUUCACCAUCUAUUACUGUCACAAAGGUGCCCUCCUGUCCUCCCUCAGAAACUGGAAGUCAAGCCAGUUAUGUGAAUCAAAACGGUGAGGAGGGAAUCAACAUUCAUGUCAAUCUUCAUGAGACUGGCGAUGAGCUGAAUAAUCGGCCUCAAAGUGAAUACAUAACUGUUCUUCCCGAUUCCCCGAUCACACAGUCUCAGGGACCCAGCCGAGCUUCAUCCCAGAGCUCAGGAGAAUGCUACAUAAAUGUAAAAAAAGAUGAAGAUGUACCUGAAGAUAUAUGUGAGGAUCAGAUGUAUGUGGAUGAAUCAGACUCAGACAUUCCCGAUUAUGAAAAUUUCGAUAAUUCUCCAGGCCACCGAAAAAAAAGCCAUAGUCUGUCCCGUGGAAGUCAAAGCAGUGAUGAACGGAACAGCUCUGAUUAUGUCAACACAGGCCCUAACUUACAGUAAUCAAGAAUCUGCCUUUUACCAAAUAAUGACAGAUAGCAAGGUCAGAGGCCUAACCAUCAUCCUGACUGCCAGAGGACUUUCCAGAUUUAAUUAUGCUUUGAACUUUGAAGUGCAUUACCAAGAAAGCAUUGAACCAGUGUCACCUCAGAAAAGUUCCUCCCUCAAUCCUUAUGACAGAUUUGCUGACAAUACCUGAGAAUGUUUUUAUUAGUUUUU